GCAGCAGCGGUGCGUUCACGGACUUUUUCUUUGAGAGUUUGAAAAGUUGUCAACAGAGAAAGAAAAGACGGAGAAUAAAGAGGUGAAGAAGGAGCGGAAGCAGAGUCUGCGCGGCUUCACACGGACUGAGGAGGUGGAGGAGGAGGAGGAUGGGCUGCAGCCACAGUCAAGUGAAGAAGAAAAGCAAAGGCAAGAAAGGAGAGAAGAGCCAGAAAGACAAGAGCAGCCGAGAUGACGGAGGUAAAGGGGCGUCGGCAGAGCAGGCAGAUGUUUGUCUGGAGAAGCAGCUGGAACGCUUUGAGUGGCAGCUGAGGAUUUUAAAGGAGGUGCUCUCGGCCAAUGGGAACCCGGAGAGGGCGGAGCUUCUCAAAGACCACGCCGACGAAGACGUGUGCACCCUCGUCCUGGGCAUCCUCGACAAGGUCAAAACGGAGACGACGGCCGAUUUAAACGUUCUGCACGAACACACAAGUCAGACUGUGACCGAGGAACAUGAGAGACACGUGGACGAGCUGCAGAAGAAACACGAGCAGGAGAAAAGUCAGCUGACGCGAGAGUUUCACGCCGCUGAGGACGCACUCAAGGCUGAGGUGAACACUCUGACGACAGAAGUUCAGAUUUACAACGAGCUGAAAAGACGAGUGGAAGAAUCCACGUUUAAAAAAGACCUGCAGAGGAACAUACAGGCCCACGGCAGCCCAGGUGCAUUCUGGGAGUCUGAGCAGGAGUCUCUGCUGUUUGUCAUCGAGAUGAAGAACGAGAAAAUUCAGGAGCAGAAGAAGAAGCUGCUGCAGCUGGACCAGCUGGUGGACAGGACCUUGUCUCAGGAGGACCAGAUCGUUCAGGUCCUGCAGCAGAACGAGGAUCUGAGAGUCCGCUUCAACAACAGUCAGACGCUCGUUCAGCAGUUGUCCCGGGAGCAGCAGGACCUGAAGGUGGCGCUGGAGAGGCAGGUGUCACUCAAUCAGAAGCUGUCUCAGGAAAAGGAGCAGCUGGUGUUCAAACUGAGGCACAGGGACUCGUGUCCGACCAUUCACCUGCCCGCUGUGGCCCCGCGGUGACUCAGAGCCUCCAGCAGGGGGCAGCCUCACGUCACUGCUGCUGCUGCACUGGGACCAGGUUUUAAAGACUCUGAAUCAGGUUUAACCACUGAACACGGUCCUGGACUCACCGAGGCCUUCACACUGGACUGAGACACGCCUCACACUUUUAAAGGGACAGUUCAGCUUUGUGACGCGUGAGCGCCCCCUGCAGGAGACGCGAGGUCACUGAAGCUGACGUGGAUUUUAACCAGGAGAGUCUACGUCACAUGACCACGUCACAUGAUCUCAUAGAGAAAAUCAGUGCUUUUAGCUGCUGGUCCUCUGCUGCCUCGUGUGGUCACUCUGUGUCACUGAGGUCAAUCUGAACACAUUUGUUUAACUCACUGUUUUUACUGUUAUUCAGCAGCUCCUGUGUGUGUGUGUGUGUGUGUGUGUGCGUGAUGUUAAAAUCACUGGUUUUCUCUCUGGACUUUGGUGUGGGAGAGUGAGCGACUUACAGACGUGGUCAUGUGACACAGAAUCACAACCAUGCUGAAAAAUCCUGAACUGUCCCUUUUAAGACGAGGAGCAGUUAGCCAGCCAGCUAACUCUGGUGUCAAAGGUCAAAGGUCACAACGUGGUUUUGUUUUGUUGAAGUUGACUGACCUUUAACGUGUGUUUACGUUAGUUUAAGCUCCGCCUUUGAGAAGCUUCACUGUUACCUGAGUAAAGAUGUGAACAGGAUUUUUCUCCUCAUGCACGAGCACUUUGACCUGUUUGCAGCACACAUUUCUCCGCUUUUUUUAUCUUUGCCGUCGGACGACAGUUUUUGUUUUUGGUUUUUUUUUCAGCGUGGAAAAAAGGUCCGAUGUUUAAUUUUUGACUUUAAAUAAAAAUCUGUCACAAAAACGUAAAAAAA